GUUUUUAAGUCUGUGCUUUAAAGCAUUCAAGAUUUACGACAGUUGGAAUUUGGAAAUGUUCAGGUCUAUGCUUAAAAAGUGAAUAAAUGGAUUAUAAAUACCGCUUAAAUAUUACGUAUUAGCAUAAAAUAUUUUAAAAAGGAGGGUAAAAAAACAACCAAGAAUUGAAAUGUUCAUGUUUUGGAUGACCGCGGAGGAGCCUCGAGUGUUUUAGUGACUGAAGAACACACACGGUGAGUUAUUCUUCAGCAUUUACAUUAUACAUCCAGAAUUAAUUUUAUAUGAAGUUGUCUUAGUAAAUCCUUCUUUUAAUUAUGUUUAGAUAAACCGAACUGCUGAGGAGAGAUUGAAAAGACGACAAGGAGCUUGAAAAUCAGAUAUUCUCAAGACUUUGGGCUUCAUCCAAUCGCCUUGUACUUUAUAUAAUGGGAUGCGAUAAAAGCCGGUAGCAUGUUGUUUGGGUUUUUUUUUACCGAUUCUUCGCCCGUCUGAGAUUAUAAAGCAGCCUGUACAAUUAUAGGUUCAAAACAUGCAAAAUAUUUUCCGAACACUGCAAAAUACUCCAACGUGCUUCCCUGUAGAAGAGCAACCAAGGUAAGUGUCCAAAUCAGUGAUUAUGAAAAUAAAAAUGGAAGUGUGUAGGAAUGAAAGGUCCUCAUCGCCUGUGAUUAUAUUCAACAUUCGAAUGAACUUGAUCUGAAAUGUCAUGUUGGAGUGUUUCUGUGGUCUUUCACCUAGUAAAUCCCCUUCCAAUAAAACUGACUCAUGUGUGUUUGACCUCUUCAGGUCACAGGCCUGUUUGGGCCUAACUCAGUUAAUCUGUGAUCUUUUGUUUGUGUGCUUUGAGUAUUUGUGGAAAGCUGGUAAAUUAGUUAUUGAGGAACGUUCUUCAUGUUCUGUUGGUGAACUGCACGAUUUACUGGAUGUAUUUGUGCAUACCGAUGGUUUAUAAAUCAUUAACAGGAACUGGGAAUUUCCAUGCUUUCACCAUUUUGGAUACGAUGUUGGAAGAAAUGUUUUUUCUAACAUUGCUUCAAAUGUAUUUUGACACUGAGGAGGAGAUAUUUGAAGGAGAGCGAAUCGUCUCCAACCGGGAAACACAGACGGCCGUCACUGAUUGGCUGUAUUAUCUGUCAAUCACUCAUAAAGGUUUACCUUGUGAGGCGGGGUCCUCAUCAUCCGGAUGCUUGACACCUGGAGAAGCCCAACUGAAGACGCGUGUUGAAGAUCUACUCCGAAUCAAUGUGUAGAAACAUCUCAAAGAUGAGCUGGAGAAAUAUGAAGCACCUGAGGUAAAGAUCAAAGGUCAUAGAGUCUAAAUACUGUGGUAUUCUGGCUGAAAUCAGGGGGAUAUUUCAGUUGUUUUCGUUUUAAUACAUUUGUCUUUUUUUCUUUGUCUUUAAAUACUAUGGAGUGCUGAUUAAUGUUAGAAAUAAAGUCAUUGAAAGCAUUUUAGCGUACGGUUGCAAGAAAAAAUGUGAAGAGAAAUUUUUUUCACAAGGUAGGCCUCCUGUCACAGUGUCUGGUUGUGUUUCCCUUGUUUGUCACUAGAGGUCCUCGUUCGCACAGUGUCCUUAACAGUUGACUUCAAUUCCCAGCAUUCUGUCUGUCACUCAUCAGCUGUUUCUCAUUACCUUGUUAGAUUGUGUAUAUAAAUACCCUGUCUGUUUCAGUACGGAUUCCUUAUUUUGUGUCUGUGUUUGUUCCUAGUUCCUGCUUUGUUUAUUUGUUUUGACGGCUUCUUUUGGAUUGACCCGGCAUGAUUGACUACGAGUUUGGAUUGCCCUUAUACUAAUUGAACUACUGCUCAUGGAUUAUCUGCCUCCCGUGUGGUUCAGCGUGACACCUCCUGAGGAGCAUAAAAAUAUAACAGAUAUAAAGAUGACUGAUCAACACAAGGCACAACACACACGAUUUAAAAAUAAAACCUUGAUUAUAAUCUGCAGUGAAGACUCUGAGACGAUGGCGAUGACGGUGUUUGUCGCGGCUCUGAUCUCUGUUUUCACGGCCUCUGUUGUGUCUGUUCCUGAUGGAUUCGAGCCGGUCGACUGUUCUGAGUCUGACGUCUACAACUCAGGAGAAACAAAUGAGACGCGGUUUGUGGUCCACCUGAACACGUUCGGGUAUUUCGCCAACGGGACUCUGGACGUGCACCUGGUGUCUCUGAACCUCCCCAAGAUGAACGGCGGCAACAAGGCUCCGGUGGGCUUUAGUUUGGCUCGGUCUCGAGUGACCGGGAUCCUGACCUACACUGCUGAGGAAGUGGAGGAGUGCAUGUUGCAGAGAGAAAAGAGUGAAGAUGAGCUCAUCCUCUUCAUCAUCGACACAGAGAAUCACAGUGUGGCUGUGAAACACUUCGGACACUCUGACUUUGUGCUGGAGUCCAGACUGAAGACUGGAGGAGGAAAAGUGAGGAGGAGGAGAGGAGAGUCGGUCGGGGAGCACAAGGAAGAGAAGAGUGAAGAUGAAGCCGGGAAACAGAAGGAAACGUCCCCGGAUCAGUCCAAAGCUCCUGUGAGCACCGCUAGCAAACCGGUGGAGAGUUUGAACGGGAAGACGCUGGAACUGGAACAACACGGAGAUUCCUACAACUUCAGCUUUCGUCUCAUCAUGAGCUCGCAAUCUCAAGGCCUUUACAACCUGGACUUCCAGAACUGCAACAACAUGAGGCAGAGGAAGCCGAGUCCUUAUUCUCUACACGUGGAGAUCACAGAGAAGAACCCCAGAGGUUAUCUGUCGGCGUCUGAUAUUCCUCUGCCGCGUCUCUACAUCUGCAUGGCAGCGAUCUUCUUCACCGCCGCGGUGGUGUGGACAUACACACUGCUCAAGUACAGGUACAGCGUGUUUAAGAUCCACUGGCUGAUGGCAGCUCUGGCCUACACUAAAGCCGUGUCUCUGCUGUUCCACAGUAUCAACUAUCACUUCAUCAACUCUGAGGGUCAUCCUAUCGAAGGCUGGGCCGUCAUGUACUACAUCACUCACCUGCUGAAGGGCGCUCUUCUGUUCAUCACUCUGGCUCUCAUCGGCACUGGCUUCGCCUUCGUCAAAUACAUCCUUUCAGACAAAGAGAAGAAGAUCUUCAUGAUCGUCAUUCCUCUGCAGGUUCUGGCUAACGUGUCAUACAUCAUCAUCGAGGAGACGGAGGAGGGGGCGAGCGAAUACGCCCUGUGGAGGGAGAUCCUGUUCCUGGUGGAUCUGAUCUGCUGCGGAGCCGUCCUGUUCCCCGUCGUCUGGUCCAUCCGGCAUCUGCAGGAGGCUUCCAACACAGAUGGCAAAGCUGCCAUGAACCUGGAGAAGUUGAAGCUCUUCAGACAUUAUUAUGUGAUGAUUGUGUGUUAUAUCUACUUCACUCGCAUCAUCGCGAUCCUGCUGAAGGUCACGGUGCCGUUCCAGUGGCAGUGGUGUCAGGAGUUUUUAGUGGAGGUUUCUACUCUGAUCUUCUUCGUCUUGACGGGAUUCAAGUUCCGUCCUGCGUCUAAUAACCCGUAUCUCCAGCUGCCUCAGGACGAGGAGGAUCUGGAGAUGGAUGAAGUUGUAACAGAAUCAGGAGCGCUGGAAGGCAUCCACAAGGUGAAGAAAACGUCUAACGGCCGAGAGAGACAGAGAGAGGUUGCGUUGUGAGUUUCAUUUUGAAGAGGGCGGAGCCUGGACUUUAAGCUCCUCCCCUUCCAGGGAAACCACAGACUCGCUAUGCAAGUGAAAUAAAGACGGGAUGGGAGAAGCGUGUGAGAAUAAAGCGCACCUGACGCGACUUCCGUCAGUUUCCGUGAGCGAACGAGCUGAUUUUCCCAUACGGACUCUGGGGCGGCGGUGACGGACCCAAUCUUUCGCUUUGGUUUACAGUAAUGAUAUGGUCACUGCUCUGUCCGUUAAUUUGUUUUUUUCUUUCAUUCCAAAGAUUUACAAUCAUUAUACUGGAUGUGCUCAAUUAAUUUGAUUUUAGCCUUCUUUAAUUUCCUAUUAUUUAACCGAAGCUGUUUGAUGGUGUGUGUUUUUUUCUGAAUUGAUGCUACUGUUUGUAUAUCAUGUUUAUUCUUUUGUUGUUGUUGCUUUUUUUUUAUUAGACGGCUGGAGGUUGUGGUUGUUGUUCAUAAAACAGGUUUGUUACCUAGACACCAUCAGUUACGCUGAAACGUAAUCUGAAUGAAACCAGUGUUUCUUUUUCCUCAGACAGAUGGAAUAGGUGGUUUUGUGGCCGUUAUAUAAAUAUAUUUAAUGUGUGUUUCACCGGAGUCUAGGACUGUUAACAUUUAUAUUCUGUCCUGGAUGAACUCCUGAGAAUUUUAUCAGAUGUGAUAACGAUUGGCACCAGUAAUGAUUUGUCUUUCUUUUGCUUCUUUGGAGUUGGUUGUGAUAUAUUUUUCUGAUGACUCCAUCUACUCUAUGAUUGAAAUGAAUCCUGUUAUAAAUGAAGGACUAGACACGUUACACUGCAGCGUUGCCGCCAAAACCAACGGUCAGCACUGAAAGCGCGCGAAACUUCAGUCAUUAUAAUAUGACGCUGUAGUUCGGUUCAGACGUGAGAACUUCACUCCAGUUUUUACUCCCUCCUUCAACGCUUUUAGUCUGGCUAAUAUUUCCAAAAACUGAGAAAUAAACUUUUCCUGCUUGAUUUAUUUGCUGGUUUAUCAUGUGAAUUGUGUUCGAGUUUAAAAUAAAUCAAAUAACUUAA